AUGGGAUGUGCAUGGAGUGAACCAGCUAAAGUUCAGCAGGAUAAGAGUAGGGCUAUAGAGAAGCAAAUAAGACACGAUGCAGAAAAAUCAAUGAAAGAGGUCAAGUUACUUCUUCUUGGUGCUGGGAAACAUUCAAUAUUCAAUUUCGAUGAUCAUGAUGAUUUGGAUGAUGAUGAUGAUUUGGACGAUGAUGAUGAUGAUGAUGAUGAUGAUGAUGAUGAUGAUGAUGAUGAUGAUGAUGAUGAUGAUGAUUUAGGUGAUUUAGAUGAUUUGGAUGAUUUGGAUGAUGAUGAUCUGGAUGAUUUGGAUGAUGAUGAUGAUGAUGAUGAUGAUGAUGAUUUGGAUGAUUUGGAUGAUGAUGAUGAUGAUGAUGAUGAUGAUGAUGAUGAUUUGGAUGAUUUGGAUGAUGAUGAUUUAGAUGAUUUGGAUGAUGAUUUGGAUGAUUUGGAUGAUUUGGAUGAUUUGGAUGAUGAUGAUGAUGAUGAUGAUGAUGAUGAUUUGGAUGAUGAUGAUGAUUUGGAUGAUGAUGAUGAUGAUGAUGAUGAUGAUGAUGAUUUAGAUGAUUUGGAUGAUUUGGAUGAUGAUGAUGAUGAUGAUGAUUUGGAUGAUUUGGAUGAUGAUGAUGAUGAUUUAGAUGAUUUGGAUGAUUUGGAUGAUGAUGAUGAUGAUGAUGAUUUAGAUGAUUUGGAUGAUGAUGAUGAUGAUGAUGAUGAUGGUGAUGAUGAUGAUGAUGAUGAUGAUGAUGAUGAUAUCAUUCGGAGUGGACAACGUGCUGAACGUAAAAAAUGGUUACAUUGUUUUGAAGGUGUUACCGCUAUAUUAUUUAUAGUUGCUAUGUCAGAAUAUGAUUUAAAAUUAGCUGAAGAUCAAACUACAAAUAGAAUGCAUGAAUCAUUACAAUUAUUUGAUUCAAUAUGUAAUAGUCAAUGGUUUGUUGAAACAAGUAUGAUAUUAUUUUUAAAUAAAAAAGAUUUAUUUAAUGAAAAAAUACAAAAAUCUCCAUUGACAAUAUGUUUCCCUGAAUAUACCGGAGAACAAACCUAUGAAGAAGCAUCAAAUUAUAUAAGAGAAAAAUUUGAAGAUGUUAAUCGUAGAAAAACAACUAAAACAAUUUAUACACAUUUUACAUGUGCUACUGAUAAUAAUAAUAUACGUGUUGUAUUUGAUGCUGUAAUAGAUGUGAUUAUUAAAUCUAAUUUAAAAGAUUGUGGUCUAUUUUAA